UUGACACAAAGAAGAACAAGAUCUAUUCCUUUUUCGUGCUGGGUGGUUACGGCAAGCAGAAGAUACCCUGAUAACACGAUUCUAAUACCUGCAGUGUACCGUAGAGAAGAAUUUUCUGAGAUUUCUUCUUCGAAGACUGAUUGAGAGGAAUAGACCUGUGUUUGACAUCAUGUUGAGCAAACGAGAAUUGGGGGUCUUGUGAUUUCUUCUUUUGCCUUUGGAACGCGGAGCAAAGAGAAUUGUGUGCUGCAACUGUAUCGCAAUUGGAUCACGCAAUUGCUGUAGUUUAUAACUUGCACUUCAGAAGCCCACGAUCUCUUGAACCUACUGUCGACUUUUCGAACGGCGUACCGCGUCGAAUUGCAUCACGCCCCAUCACCAUGAGACAAACUCAAGAAAAACUGCAGCACCGGCGGCACCGACCAAUGUACCUGGCUCCAUCGGCAGUGGUUCUACAACAAUUUUCGUCGGGAUCGAACGAUUCUUCAGACAAUGUGGGUUUUGAUUGCGGAGAUGAUCGGGACAAUGACGGAUGCAUCGACGAUCUACGAAUACCACUCUUUGUAAAGAUCCCGAUGGACGACAGGUUCAGAAUGCCGAUUCUUUCACCACCAUCUUCGAAUGGAUCCAGAGCGAACAAUGAGAGUGUACCUACGUCAUCGACUUCCAUUCCGGAACAGCAACCACAACCUUGGGCCUUUCCGCCAACACCCCCACAACACCAAGGACAUCACGAGCCGUCGUUCUCGUCGACACGAAUUGGUCCGUUUUCAGAGAGAUUCAUCAGGUUUUUCACUGCACUGUACUACUUGGUUUCUGAUUUCAUCACGUUGAUACUCGUUUGCGUGGUUGGUCUAUUUUUUGACGUGAAGGUCCAGGUUGUCAAUCACAGAUCCCACAGGCGGCGUGGACGGAUCUCGCUUCGAAAUAAUUUGUACCGAGCGGAAGACCGGCGCUACAAUUCGUCCGAUCUCCUUCGACCGCUGCCUCCGGAAAUGGACGAAAGGCCACUCUUGAUGGAAGACGACAUGGUGUGACCUCACGGGUAUAAAUGGUAAGAGCUGCUGCUGUUGGUGUCACCUAAUACAGUACAAAAAGUUACUGAAUAGGACGCAACUACAAAUGCUCUUAGGUGUAAGGAAAAUCUCUUUCAUACGGGGGGAAAUGUCUGCGGGCUACAAACAUACAGCAGAGAGCGAAACUUCACGAUUUUCAAUUUCAAUUAUUCAUCAGAAAUAAUCCUUGGGGUAAGGAAUCGAUUUUUGAUAGUUGUAAAAGUACUGAAUUAUUCGUUGUACCUUAGCAAAGUGGCAAAUAUUUACUUGCUUUCACUGAGAGUAAUCCCCAAUGCAUACACUUGAAACAAAACGUGCAGAUAACGAAUGGCGUUUUGAUGAAACAAAAUGAAAUGAAUUUUCGUCGGUUUGAUCGCAGAAGGUUAUUGGAAUUCAGCUACACAGUAUCCGCCAGGUCACGGGUCGGAAUCCGGAACCGGGGACGAUCCCGUCGUGUUUGAAUUGGUUGCUUUGUAGGAAGAAUCUCCGGUUUUUUGUCUCUUGUGCACCUGCACCGGUCCCUCCGGAAUCAUUUCUGCMGCUGCCUUGAGGACAGGAAUGCAAAGGUGGGGGUAGUUUUUCAUAUCUUCUUCGAACGUUGUAUUUCCGGUAACUUGGCGAAGGUUGGCCAUGAUAAAUUCGAUGCACGCUCGCGACAACCUUUGGGCAUUGAAUUCCUCGGUAGCCCCAUACAUCUUAGCUACGGUGUGGAUAUACAUAUGAUGGCGAAUCAGUUCGUGUUCCACCAGACGUUUGAGAUCUCGAAGAAGCCAUAGGUCGGAAAGAUGCAGAAUCGAAAGCAAGUCUUCUGUAGAGAUCGAACCAAUCUUUUGGAUGCGGUUUGUGUAAAUGAAUUCCAGCAUGUAGGUAAUGUGUUCCGGCGAAAAGCAGUAAUCGACGUUGAUGGUACAAGCACCCGAUUCCUUGAAAGCUACUUUGUCGCCCUUGGCAUCCGACGAAGACGCCGCAUUUUUCCUAAAUAGUGCUUUGAAGUAUUCUGUUCGAGCCGUCAGGAUACAUUUAUGAGCACGAAUUUCCACAACAUUGCUAGCCCCCCCCUCCGCUUCGCUUUCGUCCGCGUCCAUGGCGUCGACCGGAUGGACCAAGAAGACGGCAUCCAUGUGUUCCUCGUCAUCGAGAAGAUCCCUCAUAUCCCGAAAGAAUUCAUCGUCGUCCGCUGCUGCCUCAGGUGGCUCGGGCUUUCUGCGUUUUCGAACCAUGAUUGUAUCCCCCCUUUGAAGUUGCACCGUCUCGGGGGUGUCCUCGUUUUCUAAUGGAUUCACAAAAUAGUAUUCCAGAUCGUCUUUCCUCAGUCCGUGGUACUUAGCGUAGUGGCGGAAGAGAGACGAAAAUCUCUGUGUCUUGAGCAUGAGACAGGAGUAAUUGGUUUCUGCAGUUACCCGACGAAUCGUAUUUUCGGAACCAGUCAGAUACAAAUCUUCUUCGGCCUGAAAGAAAUAAAAGACGUUUGAGAUUUCACAAAUGACAACUGUGUACAGAAAAGCGUCCCUAAAUAUCAUAUGGACAGGAUUCCUGUUCGUGUUGCAACACUGACCUUUACAGUGAACUCGACGUGUUCGUUCAUGUUAUUGCUUCCCCCGCCCCCUCCUUGUCGUCCAUUGUUGUUUGCCAUUCUGCUUGUCUUCCUUUCUUGCGUUUCCCAACGGUCUAUCCUUCCUCGAAACUUUAAAGGUCAAUCC